AGAUAAAAGGUAGUAUUCCAUUUUUGAUUAAUAACAAUAACAACAUUAGGUUAAAUCUUAUCAUUCAUUUACAUGAAAUAUUUUAUUAUUUUUUUAUGAAAGUGACAAACCUCUCAUAUUUUAAACAAUGGAUAAACAAUAGAAUAAAGAUUCAUAGAGAUUUUUUAAUAUAUCCAAAACUAUUAUGUGAUAAACUAUUAUUACAUACUAUCCAUUUUUCAAAUUGUAUGACAGCAUUAUGAAAUUGGAUUUAAAUAUGGCGUCUGGUGUCAGCUGUUUAUUUGCUACAAAACAGCUGUAUUUGACAGUAAAAGAUAACAAUAAACAUACCAUAUAAAUACAUUAGUGCAUUUAUAUUUUAAACAAUAAACGAACUUUUCUUUUAUAGGUAUAAACCACAGAUAAACAAUGGAUACAAUAAAGAAAGAUUUACUUGUGCCAACAAAAUAUAUAAAAGUAAUAGAUGGCAGAAUCUGUUUAACUGUUCAUAGAAAUUGGCUUGCUAAUUUACAUACUAUGGGUCCAAUUUCUUUUAUUAAUCAUGAACGAUUAAGAGAAGAUGAAGUUGCUGCUCAUCCUAUGUUGGAUGAGUUAGGGCCAGAUUGGAUGCGAAUAUAUAUUAGGGUGUAUAAGAAGCAGCAUAAAUAUGCUGUUCCACUUCCAAGGGGAAGGCAUGCGAAUGGAAAUACUCAAGCAGAUUUAACAUUUUCUCAGUUAAUGCAUUACGUCGCCGAAACUAACUAUAGAAAUUUAUGGAAAGAAUGUUAUAAGAAAUAUUAUAGUCCAUGGAAUUGUAUAGAACAAAGAGAUCAGUGUAAUAUAACAGCUAAUGUAAGUGAUACAUCGAUAAUGCAAGAAGUGUUACAAAAGAUGUAUGGUUGUGCUUUAAUUCAAAUUCAAAAUGGAUCAGUUGUAUCUAUAUCACCUGGUGUAUCCAAUCAAGUACAUUGCAACCUUCUUCCAGUACUAUGCGCUAUUGAAACCGCAUCUGCUUUUCUAACAUUACACGAGCAGACAGCAGAAUAUUCUGUUAGGGAGUGUGUUAUGUACAGCCCUGCUGCUCUAAGCACAAGUCAUGGAAAACCAUUAUUUCUGAUAUACCAAUUAUUACAGUUAUCUAGAGAUUUGCACGACAGGGGUUUAGUAUUAGGAGAAAUUACUCUCAGUGAUAUAUUACUUAUGGAUAAUUUUACCAUUCAGGUAUUACCUAAACUAAGCGAUAAUAUAUAUUUAAAACCUGAACCCGAACCGCCUAAAGUUUCUGCUGCUCAAGAAAUGAAAGGAAAAAGUUUCAAUGGUCAUAAAAGAAAUUUUGAUAUUUCAACUGUUAUGUCACGAGGAAACCCUGAAUUUGGAAUGAACGAAAAUAUUGAAAAAUUAUGUGAAAUGUGGGUGUAUAACUGUAUCAGUAAUUAUGAUUAUUUAACUGCAUUGAAUAAUAUGGCUGGUAGAAGAUACGGAGACCCGAGUUGUCAUCACGUAAUGCCUUGGGUCACAGACUUCACAUCUCGAUGUGGUGGUAAUUGGAGAGAUUUAACGAAAUCCAAGUUUCGAUUAAACAAAGGCGAUAGGCAAUUAGACUUAACAUUUGAUGCGCAAUCUACAGAAGUGGGACAUCAUGUAUCAGAUGUAUUAUCAGAAAUAACAUAUUACGUUUAUUUAUCACGUCGCUAUGAUAAAUCUGUUCUUUGCAAAUACGUUAGACCUCAGUGGGUUCCAGGUGAAUAUCCUGCUUCUAUACAGAGAUUACAUGAUUGGAGUCCAGACGAAUGUAUACCACAAUUCUUUAUUGAUCCCAGUGUUUUUAAAUCUAUUCAUGAAGAUUUACCGGAUUUAGAAAUUCCCAGUUGGGCCACAUCACCGGAGGAUUUUAUCGAAAGGCACAGAGAAGCUCUAGAAAGUUUUCACGUAUCCGAAAGAUUGCACCAUUGGAUAGAUCUAACUUUUGGUUACAAGCUGUCUGGUUCAGCAGCUGUAAAAUCUAAAAAUGUUUGCUUACAGCUUGUUGAUAAUCAUACAAGUUUAACUAAUACUGGUAUAGUUCAACUUUUUACGCAACCACAUCCACAAAAAAUUAUUCCUUCCCCUUAUUGGUGUAAAAUUCCACCUCGAUUGCGUUCAUCUUUUAUUAUUAAUAAGUAUAAGAAUGAUCAAUCUGGGAAUAGAACUAGUGACGACGAAGGUCACAGUUCAGGAUUCGAAGAGGAAGAAUUACCAGCAUCAAUUCUAAGUACAUCAAGAUCAUCACCUUUGGUUUUAAGUAGAUUAUUAAGUCGCUCUAGAGGCUCUUUACUUUCUACAGAGGACAAUGUCAAACAAGAUAAAUCCACAAAUCAGACGAUAAUUCUUCCAAAAGACUAUAAUCCUGUUACAGCCAUCAUGCAAGUGGAAACAAUGCAUACAUUUAUGAACAAAGUGAGCUCUCAAGUUUAUAAGCCAGAAAUUGAAGUACACGAGUCGUCUACAAAUUAUAAACAAAUUGUUGCUAGUGGACGUAUUAAAGAACAACAAAUCCUUGGUUGUUUAAUUGUGGAAAUAUUUUUAUCCAACAAAUUUAGAGCAACAUGGAACGUCGAAAAGAUGUCAUUCGCUAAAAGACUUACUACCUGCUUGAACACCUUAAAACUGUCCGCCGAUAGUUUACCAAAGUGUGUAAGAAAUGCCGUCGCUUUAUUACUUCAGGUUGAUAUUAUUCCCAGAAGUUAUAACGUUGAUAAUAUAGAAGUAACUGAUACACCAUUUCGUUAUCCGACUGUUACGUACAUGGGCCUUCCUCCGCCUUCAGCCCAUCAAUUUCUUCAACCGAUACUUUCUGGAAGUUUGUUUCCAUUUUCGAAGUAUUACAAGCAUUUAUUUAAUAUUGUAGAAAUGUUACAAGAAUAUAAUAGUUUGGUACGUGAGUUAAAUUUCAUCAUGAAAUCUGAAGAAGACAUGGAUGUUAUACUUAAAACAAAAACAAAAUUCCUUUGUAAAAUCAGUGAAUGUAAAGUCAAAGCGAUUGCAAUUGAAUUGGAGCAUUUAUUAUCCCAUACCGGAAUCGCAAGGGAAGCUUGUUUAGAGCUGAUAGUACCACAUAUACAACAAAUAAUGGAAGAAUCUUACAGUGCUGUUUUAGCUGCUUGGUAUUUAUUUGAUCCUAUUGCUAAGGCACUGGGUCCUAAAGACACUGCACAGACAUUCCUUUUAUCCAUUAUGAGAUUAUACGAGAAUGGUUCCUUUAUGGAUAAUUCCCCAUAUGCUGAUAUAUUUCCUUCAGGACUAGUAGCAAAAUUUAAAACUACGCGUUUAUAUCACAGAAAUUUUUUGUUAAAACUUAUGGUAAGGUUGGGUCUACGAAGAUUUUUAGAAAAUUUUAUUACACCUCUCGUGGAAGCGGUUGGAGGAUACAGAGAUUAUAUUCAAGGAUCUUUAACUUAUACCCACAAAAGUGGCAACCUUAAAACUUGUGAUUUAAGUGGAAUUAGUAAUGAAGGGGAAGGAAUUUUGUCCCCUUUGGAUGAAGAUUUUUCUGCUGAUUCGGAGCAUAAUAUUCCUUUAUCCCCUGGACCUGUAAAUAAUGAUUGUAUGCGUGAUAUAAAUACAAAUGAUAAUGAUGUCGAAGAAGUAUUUACAAUGGAAACAGAAGAAAAUUCUUCUGUCUCUGUAAACUCUGGUGUAUCGUACGAUAUUGAUUCGCACGUUGAUUUAAAUUUGAAUCUCAAUGAUGAUUUAAAUGAGGAAGGAAAUAAAAUUUCACCUGUUAAAUCAGUUAAAUCACCAACGAUUCCAAUACCAAAAGCCUCCAACUCUUUGAAUAAGUCAAUAACAGAGUUCAAUAAUAUUAGUUGCAACGUAGGAAGUAAGACUUCUAACGAUGAAUUUACUUAUAGCGGACUUACCCAUUCUGAUAAUAAUUUCGAAGAAAUAUCUACUGUCGGAUUAGAAGAACAAAAUCCAACAAUCAUUCAAACAGAUGAUAUCAAAUCUAAUGCUGCGAUACACGAAGAUAUUCAUAUUGAUAAUAUUUACCAAAAAUCUACUUCAAAUGAAUGUACUACCUCCGAAAUGAGCGCAGAAUCUAUUAUCUGGUUAUCUCAUCGACUUGGUCCUGUACUUACUGCUCGCUAUUUAUCUAGAAAUUUAUUAAGAAUGCUUACAUUGUGUUACACUGGGAAAGAAAAUUUAACAAUAAUCAGUGAUACUUUGAUAACUAUGGAAGGAAUCAGUUGGAACAAAAAGGUUUUAAUUGGUGAUCAUAAUGCUGCUAAAGUUUUGGAAUGUCUUGCAGCUAUCGCAGGUCUAUAUGGAGAACAGAUUAUAGUAUUACAAUACUUCGCGCAUAUGGUGGAACUUUUAGCACUUUGUAAAAGAAAAUUAACGCAAAACUUGGAAGGCGGAUUAAUUUCAUGUUUAACUCUUUUAAAUCAUAUUACACCGUAUUUGAGUGAUGCAGUAUUGAUGGAUGUACUACAUGAAUCAAUUGUAAAAGCGAUACUAUAUCCUACAGUUCGAAUACUAUCAUCUACAAGAUUUACUUUUCCAAAUGGUGUAGAAGCACGUAAUGUAAUGGCAGAAAAAUGUUUAGAAACUUUGUUCAUGUUUAGUUUACGAUUAGGAAGUGUCAUUACACGGAAUCAUCUAGCUGUACCUAUUCAACGAUUUUUCUUAGCAUUUGAUAAAUCCUUUAAUCAGAAUGGUGCAGGAAACUAUAAAAAUGAAAUUGGUCAAAAAACAAUAAGUGAACAUUUAACAAGGAUCAAAAUUUCGAGCGAAGAUAAUAAAGACGUUCUCGGAGUUCAAUCAAAUUUUAAUGCGGAUGUCGCGGAUUCUUAUUCUCCACCAGCUACAGAAAAUAUGGAUGUGUCAGAUCAUCAAAAAAAUAAAGCACUAGAAGAACUAAGAGCCGUGUUCACAGCAGAGUUUGCUCACAAAACGUACAUGCUUUUUUACAAAUGUAUCGACAGUGAAAUAAUGGAACAAAUACUUAAAAAUCAUGAACAUAUACAUAAUUUGUGUCGGAAAUAUGAACAAGAAGCAAGAAUCGCUUGUUCUAACAGCGAUAAUGCUUCAUAUAAUAGUAACUACAACAUGACGGAAAACGCAGAAUUAGUAAAUAAAGAUGCAUUAAAUUUUGAAAAUAUAUCAGUGGUAGGAAAUAGAUUCUCGGUACAAAAGAAUAAUAUCGGUGAUCGUGUAGUAUCUGAAGGUGCAUCUGAAGCGAAUUACUCUUCGUCCAUUGGAAGACAGUUACGAGGGAACUGGUUAGCAUAUUGGGAACAUGAAAUUGGAAGAUCAGAAAAAGAUACGGCGUUUAAUAUAAAGCAAAUAAAAUUACAAACUUUUAGCGGUCACACUAACAGUGUCAAAUGUCUAUCCGUAUUAGAUAAUGAAAAUAGUUUUAUGAGCGGAGGAAGAGACAAGACUGUAAAAUUAUGGAGUUUGCGAAGUCAGGGAGAUGGAAAUACCGUUUCGUCUUGUCAGUAUACUUAUACUGGACACAAAAAAUCUAUUCUUGCCCUUACGUUCCUAGAAUCUUUAAGAUACGUAGUCACUUGUGACGGAACGAUUCAUUGUUGGGAUCCUUUCAUGGGUUCUCUUCUUGGAUGCCCAGAAAGUUCUCGACCUGUUCCUGUGAAUACACUUGUCGCAAGCCCUUCGCCGUGUACAACUUUACUUGCUGGAACAACUGAUAUUACACUCAGAGUUAUUGAUUGUAGAACUUUUCAAUAUGUAAAUGAAAUGAAGGUAUCUGUGAAUCCAACAGGUUUAAUUAGAUGUAUCGCAGUAGCGCCUAGUGGUUACUGGGUUGCGUUAGGACAGGCAUCAGGCUUUCUAACAAUUUUAGAUAUUCGCACUGGUCUUAUCAUUGCCUCCUGGAAGGGUCAUGAAUGCGAGAUAUUACAAUUAGAGGCAAUCAAUGAAACAACUAUAAUUAGUUCUUCGCUGGACGAAACUAUUGCCGUAUGGAGUGCAUUGGAUGGGAAACUUAAAUUUCAUAUGAAGGGUUCUACCGAACCAGUGCAUUGCAUGGCUACUUACGAACAAGAAUUAAUAAUAGGAACAACAGCAAAUCGUGUUGGAGUUUACUCGUCCAUUGAAACAACAACAUCAUUUUCAUCAUCAAAAUUAAAAUCUGAUACUUUUAAAGGACUUCUCACUACAAUGGCAGUGCUCCCUCUUAAUAGAUUACUAUUGUUAGGUGCAGAUAAUGGAGGUAUAACAUUGAUUUGUUGAAUAUUGUACAUACAUAAAUAAAACUUCUAAGUAUAUAAAUAAAUUUGAAUAUAAUUUAGGAAUGUAAUAUAAUUUCAC